UCCAUCCCCAGAUCAGAUGAUAUAAAGAAGAUGUGAAUUUCACCUCCUUCACUUCUGCUCACAGACUGACUGGUGUGACACUCAAGACUAAUCAUGAAGAACUUCUUGUCUACAAAUGAGCAGCUCUGUAAGAACCAAUGUCUGAUGUCCCUCAGCGGAAGGUAUAAGGCUAUCUUUCAGUGUGAUGGGAACUUUGUCGUCUAUGACUGUACCUGUUGCCCAAACAAGGCUGUGUGGGCCUCAGGCACUAAUGGAUCAGACGCUGUCCGCGUGAUCAUGCAGGCUGACGGCAACCUGGUCAUUUACAACCAAUGUAACCAACCCAAGUGGAGCUCAGGGACGUACAUCUCGGGAUCGUGCAACGUGUGCCGUCUUGAACUGACGGAUUGCGGCAAACUGGUGUUGACCAGAAACUGUCAACAAGUUUGGUGCUCAUGCUGAAAUUCUGUCUUCACAUGACAUCCCAAAGCUUUGUUAAAUUGAAUGCUUUGCAAGUACAAGUCAUCUUUGAAUGUCAGUGUGAAUUACAAUAAAUCUGCCUGCUGGAAUCAAAUAAAAGCAA